UUCUCCCCUUGCACAAAAGCCAAUAAGCAUAAAGGUGAGUAGCCAAACAAAUCAAGAAUUGUAACAAUGGAUUUGAACAUGAAGCUAGAGAGAAAAUCAUCAAUAAGAAAGUUAGGAAGAAGCAAAAGCACACUAUUAGCAUCAGAGUUAAUUAAUAUUCCUUGUGGAGAUACUGAUUAUUAUGAGAGAAUAUCACAAUCUAUGAGACAUGUUGAAAUUAUUGAUGAUGAUGAUGAGGCCAUCCCAAUAAUAAGACGUAAGUGGAAGAAGAAGAAAAAUAAAGCAUGGGUAUUUCUAAUGAAGGUAUUUUCUUUCAAGAAAAUGACAACAAGUGAAGAAAGUCAUGUUGGUGUUGGGGAAAAGUCUAUGGAAGUGGUGGAUAAGAUGAACAAGAAGAAGAUGCAAUCUUCAUCAUGGGAAAGAGAUGGUGAGAUCCAACAAAAGCCGGAUGAAGUGUUGGUUGUGGAAAAGAAGAAAAUAAGGCAGCCUACGUUUCUUCCCGAUCCUUAUAGACGAUGGCCUGUUCAAGGAUGGAGAUAUUGAAGAUUAAUUUUGAUCUAAAUCGGCUAUUCAUCGUUCAAGAAUUCUUGUUUAGAUGGUUCGUAUUCAUAAUGUUUUUGAAUUUAUUUUAAUUUAGGUACUCCAUUAUUUCCUCUCUUUUUCAUUAAUGUUGUUUGGUCAUCUCUUUUAAUUUGUUUGAAAUAAAUAUCUAUCUU